GGGGGGAAAUAAGACGAGAAAGGAAAGUCGGUCAAAAAAACAUGUGAUAAUUCUGUUUUUUACACUUCUGUCAUUAUUAAAAUUUUUUAAAAAAUACAGCAUGACUAAAUUAAUUAAUUUCCUUUUUUAACAGAUGGAGAAAGAAGUUGGCCAAUUACAAAAACAACCAUUAGAUUUGGAUUAUAAAAAAUGCCAAACAAUGCUUGUUCAAUUAAGAGACAAUUGUCUUGAACAUUUUAGAUUGGUGUGUGUCUCAAAAUUUCAACUUCACCAAUUCCAAACUGAACAACAAGCAAAAAUUGCUAAUGACCUUUGUGAACGUUACAAAUAUUUAAUGGAACAAUUUGAACAAAUGCAAUUACCCUCAGCCCAUUUAGUUCCAAUUAGGAGAACUACAACUCCUUCAGAGACUUGUAGUGUUGAAUUUAGACAUCGACUUGCUUCUCAGGUGUGUUUGGGCUUCAAAUACCUCUUUUUUAGAUACUUCCUUUAA